AUGAAGCCUCUCCUCGUUAUGUUUGUCUUUCUUUUCCUUUGGGAUCCAGUGCUGGCAGGUAUAAAUUCAUUAUCAUCAGAAAUGCACAAGAAAUGCUAUAAAAAGGGCAUCUGCAGACUUGAAUGCUAUAAGAGUGAAAUGUUAGUUGCCUACUGUAUGUUUCAGCUGGAGUGCUGUGUCAAAGGAAAUCCUGCACCCUGA